AUAGCUCAUUCAAUUUGUGGCUGUACGUUGAAUCCUCGAGAGAGAGAGAGAGAAACAAAAAGGGUUUUUAAUAUUUUAUACAAUGUCAAAAAAAGCAUCGGCCACAUUGUUUGAUUUAGAAUCACAAGAACGUGGUGGUUCUCCUUCAUUUAUGUCACAAACACUCUCCAAGGAUCCACAGCCAACCUCCGACGGAGAUGGUGGGCGGAUUCCGUUAGAAGAGUGGCUGCCGAUCACAGAAUCAAGAAAAGGGAAUGUUUAUACGGCAACGUUUCAUCUUUUCUGCUCGGGACUUGGUUUACAAGUUCUUCUUCUUCCUGCAGCUUUCGCAGCACUAGGAUGGGUAUGGGGAGUGAUAAUUUUAACGGUUGGAUUUGCAUGGAAGCUUUACACGAUAUGGCUUCUUGUUCAUCUCCACGAAGCCGUACACGGAAUACGUUUCAGCAGAUACUUGAGACUCGCAAUUGCUUCAUUCGGUGUGAAGCUGGGGAAACUUCUUGGAAUAUUCCCUGUGAUGUAUCUCUCAGGAGGAGCUUGUUCGAUUCUGGUUAUAACCGGUGGAAAAACAAUAAAACAACUUGUACGCAUUAUGUCUGAAGAUGGCAAAGUGCCACUUACUACCUUGCAAUGCUUCGUGAUCUUCAGCUGCCUCGCGGUGGUCAUGUGUCAGUUUCCAAAUCUAAAUUCUCUUUUUGGACUCUCGUUGAUCGGUGGUGUUAUGGCCAUAGCAUACUGCACCGCAAUCUGGAGUUUACCUUUAGCUAGUAUUCCACAUAGGAAUCAAAACAAUAUCUCUUACGCUACAAAGGAUACAAGUUUCGAUACCAUUUUUAACGCCAUUGGAUUGAUAGCUAUAUCAUUUCGCGGGAACAACCUCAUCCUCGAGAUACAGGGUACUCUUCCUUCCGAUUCAAAAAAUCCUUCGAGAAAGACAAUGUGGAGAGCUGUGGUGAUCUCUCAUGUGUUCAUUGCAGUUUGUAUGUUUCUAGUAGCCAUUGUUGUAUAUUGGGCAUACGGUGACAAGAUACCGGCCACAGGAGGUCCAAUAGGCAACUACUUGGAACUUUACGAACAAGACUACUCAAAACGAGCCGCUUGUUUCAUACACAUCACGUUCAUCAUCAACUGCUUAUGUUCAUAUCCGAUAAACUUAAUGCCAGCUUGUGACAACGCAGAGAUGGUGUACACGACCAAGAGACACAAGCCUUGCUCCGUCUUUGUCCGGAUGAUGUUUCGUGUGUUCUUGUGUUUGGUUUGUUUCUUUGUAGCCGUUGGAUUCACGUUCUUGCCUUAUCUUGCGGUUCUUAUUGGAGCUAUAGGCUUGCUGGUUACAUUUACGUACCCGUGUUUCAUGUGGAUCUCUAUUAAACAGCCCCAAAGGGAAAGUCUGAUGUGGUGGUUCAACGUAUCGGUGGGAAGCAUAGGGGCGUCUUUCAGCGUUUUAUUUGUGGUUGCAUCGGCUCUGCGCUUGGCUGAUAAGGGUUUACAUGCAAACUUCUUCAAUCCCUGAAGUAUUCCGUCACAGGAUGUUCAAGUAGGAACCUAAUGACCACUAGGCAUGGAGAUUAAGAAAACGGCAGCGUAUUGAAUCUCCACCAAUUUCAACUCUUUUAUUUACACAAAAAGAUAACA